UCUUCGCUCUCAGUUGGUGCCGAGCGAACAGAGGUGGAAGACUUAAUCUCCGCGAGUCUCUGAGGACACGUCCAAUUUAUGUGUGUUUUAAACGGCUUUAAGGUAACACGCUGUGGCGGGAACGAAUGUAAAAAAUAGCUGAGAUGUUGUAAUUUGGCUCUACGUGUGUUUUAAAUCUUAAUUGGGUGUUAACCGUAUCCAGCGAUACUUUUUUUUGAGAGCUAACCGUCCCGUGGAGACAGCUCAACUUUGGGCUGGCGACCUUAUGUGGAUUUUACAGAAAAUAUGGAGCACAUCUCCGGUUUCUCCUCCGGCAAGUCACUAGUCCUGGUCGUCUGCUUCCUCCGCCUCUCUUUGGCUCUGCAAUGUAUGGAUGAUAAGGCGCCGUGUGUUAACAACGCUACAUGUCUGACCUUUACAAAUGGCACUGAAUACUGCAGGUGUGCACCUGGCUUCCUGGGUGAGUACUGCCAACACAAGGAUCCCUGUCAGCCUGGCUUCUGCCUGAAUGGAGGGAACUGCUCAGUGUCCAUAUCAGCUGGUGUACCUGUACCUGGCAGUGCAACCUGCACCUGUCCUCUAGGCUUCAUUGGCCAGCACUGCCAGACUCCCCAAAACUCCACGUGUUACCCCAACAACCCCUGUGCCAACCAAGGAGUCUGCGCCCUGCUGUCCCUCGACAAGUAUAAAUGCGUGUGUGCCAGAGGAUGGACAGGUCCACGGUGUGAGCAUGAAGACAGCUGUCUGUCCAGUCCCUGCGGUAAUGGUGGAAAGUGCAGCUCUCCAUCUGCUGGUAGUUACACAUGUUCCUGUCCUCCUGGCUACACAGGUCCUCGCUGUCUUAAUGACACAAAUGAAUGUGCCACCACGCCCUCCAUAUGUCUAAAUGAAGGAGUAUGCCUCAACACCCCUGGCUCCUACAAGUGUGUUUGUGUCUCGGGGUUUACGGGCCGACACUGUGAAAGCUCGUACAUCCCAUGCUCUCCUUCACCAUGCUUAAAUGGGGGCACUUGCCACCAGACAUCUGAAACCAGCUACUCUUGCCACUGCCUUCCAGGUUUCAAUGGGACUAACUGUGAGAACAACAUUAAUGACUGUCCUGGCCAUCAGUGUGCAAAUGGAGGAACCUGCAUGGAUGGAGUCAAUACCUACAACUGUCAAUGCCCACCAGAGUGGACUGGUCAACGCUGCACAGAGGAUGUGGAUGAAUGUCGUCUGCAGCCCAACACUUGCCAAAAUGGUGGUACAUGCAGCAACCUGAUUGGUAGCUACGUCUGCGUGUGCGUUAAUGGCUGGAGUGGCCCCGACUGCUCUGAAAACAUUGAUGACUGUGAUACAGCCGCAUGCAGCCAAGGCUCCACAUGCAUUGACCGUGUUGCCUCUUUCAUCUGUGUCUGCCCUCAUGGAAAGACAGGUUUGCUGUGCCAUAGAGAUGAUGCCUGUAUCAGUAACCCCUGUAGAGAGGGCUCUCAGUGUGACACCAACCCCAUCAGUGGCAUGUUCAACUGUAACUGCCCACCUGGUUAUACAGGCAGCACCUGCAACACGGACAGAGAUGAAUGCAGCAUUGGUACCAACCCUUGUGAGCAUGGUGGCCAGUGUGUCAACACUGAUGGUUCCUUCACCUGUAACUGUGUUAGGGGUUACGCUGGACCUCGUUGUGAACAAGAUGUCAACGAAUGUGCUUCUAGCCCGUGCCAGAAUGAUGGCACUUGCCUGGAUCGCAUCGGCGAUUACACCUGCAUCUGCAUGCCUGGAUUUGAGGGGACUCACUGUGAGAUAGAGGUGGAUGAGUGUCUCAGUUCCCCUUGUUUGAACCAGGGUGAAUGUCUGGACCAGGUCAGCCGCUUUGUCUGCGAGUGCCCAGCAGGCUUCAGCGGUGAAACGUGUCAGAUAGACAUUGAUGAGUGCUCCAGCACACCCUGUUUAAAUGGAGCCAAGUGUAUUGACCGACCCAACGGAUAUGACUGUGAAUGUGCUGAAGGCUUUACUGGCCCUCUUUGUGAGGAGAACAUCAAUGACUGUCUGCCAGAGCCUUGCCACCAUGGUCUGUGUAAAGACGGCAUCGCCACCUACUCCUGUGAGUGCUACGCGGGGUACACAGGCUCCAUCUGUAAUAUCCAAGUCAAAGAAUGCCACAGCAACCCUUGUCAGAACCGAGGACGCUGCAUCGAUCUGGUCAAUGCCUACCAGUGUAACUGCCCAUCAGGGACUUUAGGGGUUAACUGUGAGAUUAAUGAAGAUGAUUGUGCCAGCAACCCCUGUGAGUAUGGAGAGUGCCAGGAUGGGAUUAACGAGUACAAAUGCGUGUGCUCCCCAGGAUACACCGGAGAUAAAUGUGAUGUGGAGAUCAAUGAGUGCAUCUCAAACCCAUGUAUGAGUGGCGGGAGCUGUUUGGACAAAGUCAAUGGAUUUCACUGCCUGUGCCCACCCAGCACCCAUGGCCCUUUGUGCCUGUCUGGGACAGACCAUUGUGCUCCUCAGCCUUGUGUGCAUGGAGAAUGUGUUGAACAACAACAUGGGUACCACUGCGAGUGUGAAGCUGGCUGGAUGGGACAGCAUUGUGAAAAGGAAAAGGAUGAAUGCCAGCCUAACCCAUGCCUAAAUGGCGGCAGUUGUCUGGACAGACAUAAUGGCUACACUUGUCAAUGCCAACUUGGAUUCAGAGGUGUGAACUGUGAGAAGAACAUUGAUGAAUGUGCGUCUGGACCCUGUCGUAACCAUGGCUUUUGUAUCGAUGGAGUUAACAGUUACACUUGCCAAUGUAGCCUGCCGUUCACUGGGAAACACUGUGAAGUGGAGCAGGCUCCCUGUGCCUCUCAUCCAUGUGAGAACGGAGGAGUGUGUCAUCCAUCUGCAGACUACACCUCUUUCACCUGUCGAUGUCCCACUGGCAGGCAAGGUCAACGAUGCAAUGACGAUGUGGACGAAUGCAAAAAGAAUCCUUGCAAAAAUGGUGGUCGUUGCAUGAAUAGCCCUGGCAGCUACACGUGUAAAUGUCAACCUGGAUACAGUGGACACAAUUGUCAGAUAGACAUUGACGAUUGCUCACCCAACCCAUGCUUGAAUGGAGGCUCUUGUUUGGACGAUGUUGGGAGUUUCUCGUGUGACUGCCGUGCAGGUUUUGAAGGAGAUCGCUGUGAGAUUGAGGUGGAUGAGUGUGCCAGCCAGCCUUGCAGGAAUGGUGCCAUCUGCCGGGACUAUGUCAACAGCUUUGUGUGUGAGUGCCGACCAGGCUUUGAUGGAAUCCUUUGUGAACACAACAUCCUUGAGUGUACUGAGAGCUCUUGCCUAAAUAACGGGACUUGCAUUGAUGACAUCAACACCUUCUCUUGUCGUUGCCGUCCUGGUUUUUAUGGGAAGUUCUGUGAAUAUGAGCAGAAUGAAUGCGACUCUCAGCCCUGUAAGAACGGAGGGACUUGCACUGACGGCCUGGGCACCUAUCGUUGCACCUGCUCUGUGGGAUUCAACGGACAGAACUGCCAGAACCUUGUUAACCUGUGCAGCCAGGUGCGCUGUCACAAUGGUGGCUUCUGCUCUCAGACAACAACAUUCUGGACCUGCCAUUGCCCUGUGAGAUGGACAGGACUUUACUGUGACAUUCCUAACUUGUCCUGCCAGGACUUCGCUACCACGAAAGGUGUGGAAGUGGAGAAUGUGUGUAAGAAUGCCGGACGGUGUAUAAAUGUGGGUAAGUCCCAUAAUUGUAACUGCCAGCCCGGAUACACAGGCAGCUACUGUGAAGAGACAGUUGAUGAGUGCCAGUCUAACCCCUGUCGCAAUGGAGCUACAUGCAAGGACUAUCAGAGCACAUAUGAGUGUAUAUGUAAACCAGGCUACCAGGGAGUGAACUGUGAGUAUGAUGUGGAUGAAUGCCAGUCCAAGCCAUGCAUGCAUGGAGGCACCUGCAUCAACCUCAUAAACCGCUUCACCUGUGUCUGUCCACCUGGAACACACGGGCUCCAGUGUGAAGUGAAUGUGGAUGACUGUGCGCCCGCACCUGGCUCCUGGGAGCCUCGCUGUCGGAAUGGAGGACAGUGUGUGGACGGUGUGGGCCGUUAUACGUGCUCCUGCCCUCCAGGAUUUGUUGGAGAGCACUGUGAGGGAGAUCUCAACGAAUGCAUGUCUGGGCCCUGUCAUUCUCCCGGCACCCUGGACUGUGUGCAGCUGGUUAACAAUUACCAGUGUCGCUGUCGCCAUGGAUACACGGGUCGUCACUGCGAGUCCAUGGUGGAUCUGUGUCUUUCUAGGCCAUGUCACAAUGGUGGUAUCUGCUCUAUGAACAUGAGCUCAGUUCAUGGCUACACGUGCUACUGUACUUCUGGAUUUACUGGGUUCAACUGCGACACAGAAAAAGAAGGCAACUGUGCAAAGCUACGUUGCCAGAAUGGUGGGCACUGUGUGGAGCCACCAGUUGGCCACCCGUACUGCCAGUGUCCGCUAGGAUUCAAUGGGCUACACUGUGAGAAUGAACAGGGGUGUCCAUGGAUCUGCCAAAAUGGAGGAACCUGCUUUAAAGACCACUCCCACCCAAACCAGUACAGCUGCCGAUGCACCAUGCGCUUCUCUGGACCUCUUUGUGAGGAAAAACUAAGCAUACCAGGCCCACCACUCUGCCCGUAUCCACAAUGUAAGCGGCAAGCAGGGGACAGAGUGUGUGAUGACCAGUGUAACAACUAUGAGUGCCAGUGGGAUGGAGGGGACUGCUCUCUCAACUGGCAACAGCCUUGGGUGAACUGCACUGCCAGAGUUCCCUGCUGGGAUCGCUUUAAGAAUGGACGUUGUGAUAAGGAGUGUGAUAACGCUGGGUGUCUCUUUGACAGCUUUGAGUGCCAGGAUACCUCACCAGCCCCCUGCAAGUAUAACGACUACUGUGCUGACCACUACCAAAAUGGCAUCUGUGACCAGAGCUGUUACACGGAAGCUUGUGGCUGGGAUGGCCUGGACUGUUCCACUGACGUUGCACCCAAAUCAGCACUUGGCACACUGGUCAUUGUGGUUCGGCUGCAACCUGUGGAGCUACUUGUCGACAUGAAGGGUUUCUUGCGUGCCUUGGGGGCCCUGUUGCAUACAAACCUGCGUGUGAAAACAGAUAAAAAUAAUGAGCCAAUGGUGUUCCCUUACUUUGGGGACGAAGAGGCGCAGGGACGCUUUACUCAGGGGCGCAGAAACAAACGGGAGCUAGAGAAAGAGGUUAUUGGCUCUGAGGUGCACCUAUUAAUCGACAACCGUGAAUGCUCCCAGAGCUCUGUUGACUGUUUCUCCAACACCAAUGAGGCGGCAUCUUAUAUCGCGGCAGCACACAUCAAGGCUGAGCUGCCUUACCCUCUAGUGUCUGUUAAAAGUGACCCAACACAGUAUUCCGAGACACCAUACUUGAUGUAUCUGAUUGGAGUGGCAGUGGUUAUUAUCCUGCUUAUCCUGGUGCUGGGAAUGCUAGCAGCCAAGAGGAAGCACAAGCAAGGUGUUCUGUGGCUUCCCGAUGGCUUCAUGGCCAAUAAAAAUGACAAGAGAAGAGAGCCUGUUGGUCAGGACGACUUUGACAUGAAGAAUUUUAAGACCCAAGAUGCAGCUAUUGAUGGAUGUCAGAGUCAAAGAUGGCUGGAAGACGAAGUUGCAUCGAAGAAACCAAGAACUGAAGAUAAACCUCUGCUGCCUAUCUCUAUGGAUGGAUGUAUUGACCGAAGGGAGUGGACCCUGCAGCACCGUAAAGCUGCUGACAUAACGCUCACUCCCCCACAAGCUGACCUGGACGCCGACUGUUUGGAUGUUAAUGUCAAAGGACCUGAUGGCUUCACUCCGCUGAUGUUGGCAUCGCUACGUAAUGGUGGGGGCCCAGACUGCAGCCUGCACGGAGACGAGGAGGAGGAGAGUGGAGGAGACGAACCAGGACCUAGUGUCAUCUCAGACCUGAUCACUCAGGGAGCGUCACUGAUGUCCCAGACUGACCGCACAGGAGAAACGGCACUUCAUCUGGCCGCUCGUUAUGCUAGAGCUGAUGCUGCCAAGAGGCUGCUGGACGCCGGAGCUGAUCCCAACGCUCAUGACAACAUGGGCCGAACUCCUCUGCACGCUGCUGUGGCAGCUGAUGCUCAGGGCGUCUUCCAGAUUCUUAUCCGUAAUCGUGCAACUGAACUUGAUGCCCGAAUGAAUGAUGGUACGACUCCACUAAUCCUGGCAGCCAGGCUGGCUGUGGAGGGCAUGGUGGAAGAGCUGAUCCACUGCCAUGCUGACAUUAAUGCUGUAGAUGACCACGGCAAAUCUGCUCUGCACUGGGCAGCUGCAGUUAAUAAUGUGGAGGCCACUCUUGUGCUUUUGAAGAAUGGAGCCAACCGUGACAUGCAAGACAAUAAGGAAGAAACUCCACUCUUUCUGGCAGCCAGAGAGGGCAGCUUUGAGGCAGCACAGGUUCUCCUUGACCACUACUCCAACCGUGACAUCACUGAUCACCUGGAUCGGCUGCCCCGUGACACCGCUCAAGAACGAAUGCAUCAUGAUAUAGUCCGCCUGUUGGACCAGUACAAUCUGGUUCACAGUCCACACAAUGGGCCUAACCAUAUGGGUGGAGGAGGAAACUCUGUCAUGUGUGGUGUAAAUGGAGCAGGCUUCAUCGGCAUGCGCCCUGGGCCACAGGGGAAGAAGAGCAGGAGGGGUGGCGGGGCCAAAGUUGGAGGUGUUGGCGGAGGAGCUAAGGAGCUAAAAGACAUGAAGACGAAGAGAAGAAAGAAGCCUGCUGGAGGUGAGGGGCCAGGUGUGGGAGCUGGAGUGGGAGGAGGAAGUGGGGGAGGCACAGGAGGAGGGAGUGCAAAUGGUGUCAAAGCAGCAGGAGGACUUCCAGAGAGCUCUGUCACCAUGUCACCUGUUGACUCCCUGGAAUCACCACACUCAUACACAGGUGAUGUUGUUUCCAGCUCUGUCUCCACAACAGCAAACUCUCCUCCUCUCCUGAGCAGUCCCUCGUCCAGACCAAUGUUGCCCCCUGUCAGUCACAUGCUGGGACAGCAGCAGGGCUGGGUGGGCGUGACCAAACACGGCUAUGGUGGCCACAUGUUUGGCCUCGUACCACACCAAAUGGGGGGUUCUCACCCAGGCAUUGGCCAACAUCACGGCCAGGGUCCGAUGAUGACACCCAUGAAUGUCACCAUGAGCAGAGAGCAGUUGCCACCCAUUGUCACCUUCCAGAUGAUGGCUCCUGGAGGAGGCCAGGCUAUGCUGAAACAGCCACAGCAGGGGCAGGUACAAGUUGCACAGUCCCAGGGGCAGAACCAGAGUCAGGGUCACCCCCAGCAGGCAACAGGGCGCCUUCACUGCACCCCGAGUAUGAUGUACCAGAUGUCUGAGCAGAUGAGCAUGGCGCACGGGCUCACCCACACCCUGCCGCACCCUCACAACGUCAGCCACGGAGGGAUUGAAGGCCAGUCUCGACCGCUCCCCUCCUAUCCACCCAUGCAGAGCCCUGUGGAUAAAUACCCCACACCCCCCUCCCAGCACAGCUACGCUACUGCUGGCUCAGAGGGAACCACCCCCGGCCACUCUGCUCACCCACCGAGCGAGCAUCCGUAUCUCACCCCUUCACCAGAAUCCCCUGACCCAUGGUCAUCCUCUUCGCCACACUCCAACUCAGACUGGUCUGACGUCACCACUAGCCCCACCCCUCUGGGAAACCCCCACCACACACUGCCAUCAUCACGUCACACACACAUUCCAGAGCAGGCGCAGCCCCAGUCACAGUCGCAACAGAUGCAGCAGGCCUCUCAACAGCCUCAGCUAGGAAACAUGCAGGUGUUUGCAUAGGCUGGCCAGAGGAAAGCACAAAAAGACAGACUGUGGUGUUCUUUGUAGUUAAAUAACAACACACAUCAAUGGUUAUCCAGUGCUUUUCUCACCUUAUUAGUUACUUUUGUUUAUCCCUUUUCUUAAUCAGUCACCUCCCCUUUUAUAUUUUCUUCUUUGCACUUAAAAACAAAAUGUGUAUAGUUUCUUAAACGUUGAGUAUUAUCAGCUAGAUAUCAAAAGUUCAUGUCACCAAAAAUCAUCUAGUCAGUGUCUUGUCAUGAGCUACGAUCACUUGUUCCAUGUUGUUCCUUGAAUCCCAGCUGAGCUGAGUGUCCUCUACUCUCUGCUGCCUAAGUCAGGACUUUUCUUUAUGGCUGUUGGCACGGUAACACAAACUUUUAACUGAGGGAUCAACAAGGAGCUCGUCGACCAGAUUGUGGUCAGCUGGUAUUAAACAGACUGUUGAGAUGAACUGCAGACAUUCUGCAAUGAUAUUUGGAGGACAUUAUUUUUUUCUGCUAUAUUCUAUCCUAAUGUGUUGUUAAAUGAGAUAAGCCUGCCGAUACUAACUUCUGGUUGAAACCAUUCAUUCUAUUCUUCUUUUUCUUUAUUCUUUUUUUUUUUUAAUACAGUGUGUCACAUUAAGUUGACGCGUUUAUUGUCAAAGCAAAACUAAACAGAUUUGCCAUAUUGUUGUUUUUUUUCAUUGCAUUUUUUACUGUGUCAAAGUGCAGCUUUUGUUGCUUGAUUAGAAAGAAAACAUUCACAAAAGCAUCUUUUUACCGAGUACAGUGGUUUUACCAGUCUGAAGGCAGUUCCUGUUACAGCAAGAAAGAAGAGUUGAUUUGAAAACCAAAUUUCUGCAAAUAUGUUUUUUUUUUUCUAAAUAUACAUACAUUUUUUCACACCCAUUGGCUAUGUGGUGCCACUGUGUUAUGUUUGUUGUAUAAUGAAAUGUACAUAAGCCUUUUUUAUAUACAAAUAUUGUUCGCACGUUAACCAGUUUUGCCUUUUGCUUAACUACAAUCAGUCUAUCUCUGCACCUUUUUAAAAUCAUCCUGAUUCAAUCAAAGUACAUGCAAACAAUUAGUCUGGAGAUGGAUACGGUUCAUUAAAUUUCUCUUUCUAAGCCUUCUUUCUGAAAGUUGAUGUUGAGCAUAGCUUCGUGUGACUGCUCUGUGAACACAGACAAUCAUUCACGCUUUUGAAACUUAAAAAUGAACAGCGUCUCCAUGACCAAAUUUUGUUUUAUGAAGCCAAAAAUUUACUUUUAGUUCAAAUUUUUGUUUUUAUUUAACUUGAGCAGUCUUUAGAGAUGCACAGCACAGUCAAAAUGUUGCCUCUGUGUUAUUGACGACUCAUCCCUGUUUCUGUAAACAAACCAAAUUAUUCUUGUUUCAUCAAUAUUCCCAGUGCCUGGCUUUAACAGUUACCAUUUUUAACAAGAUGUGAUUUUUAGUUCUCUUACAUAUACCAGGCGAUGUUUCUGUGUUCUGUAUAUAAAAUGUUUUUUUAUUGUACUCUGUUAACCAAAUAGCCUAUAAUAUACAUGCUAUAUGAAGUAGUUGUCACAAUAUUUGUGUAAGGUAGAAAGAAAUAAUUGGUUUGUUGAAAUAAACAAAAACAAAUGAUCAACCAAAAAUGUGCUUACUUAAAUAAAACCCAGAUCUUUGUA